CCAUUGGGUGACAGGUCUCAUAGAAAAAGCAAGGGAAUAAGGAAGUGUAGUUGCAGCGAGAUCCGUCUAACACAGUGCAGGUUUAUAAAGAACUCCUCUUCAGCCAUGGCGCAAGCGGAUAUUGCUCUCAUCGGUCUGGCCGUGAUGGGACAGAAUCUGAUCCUGAACAUGAACGAUCAUGGCUUUGUUGUGUGUGCUUAUAACAGGACAGUGUCCAAGGUGCAUGACUUCUUGCAGAAUGAAGCCAAAGGCACUAAAGUGAUUGGUGCAGAGUCUCUGCAAGAAAUGGUCUCUAAACUGAAGACCCCUCGACGCAUCAUUCUCCUCGUCAAGGCCGGGCAAGCGGUCGACGAUUUCAUAGACAAGCUGGUGCCUCUUUUGGAGUCUGGAGACAUCAUUAUCGAUGGGGGCAAUUCUGAAUACAGGGACACAACACGUCGGUGUAAGAGCUUAAAGGAGAAAGGCCUGUUGUUUGUGGGCAGUGGCGUGAGUGGAGGAGAGGAGGGGGCACGCUACGGGCCAUCACUGAUGCCUGGUGGACACAAGGAAGCAUGGCCACACAUAAAGGACAUCUUUCAGAGCAUUGCUGCUAAAGUGGGCACAGGGGAGCCAUGCUGUGACUGGGUUGGUGAUGAGGGAGCAGGACACUUUGUAAAGAUGGUCCAUAACGGCAUCGAGUACGGUGACAUGCAACUGAUCUGUGAAGCCUACCACCUGAUGAAAGACGUGUUGGGUAUGGAUCACGAUGAGAUGGGAAAGGCUUUCGACCAGUGGAAUAAAACCGAGCUGGAUUCGUUCCUUAUUGAAAUCACCGCAAACAUUCUGAAGUACAAGGACGCCGAUGGCACUCCCCUCCUGCCCAAAAUCCGAGACAGCGCAGGGCAGAAGGGAACGGGGAAAUGGACAGCUAUCUCUGCUUUGGAGUACGGCGUUCCUGUCACACUCAUCGGAGAAGCUGUCUUUGCCAGAUGUCUUUCUGCUCUGAAGGAUGAGAGAGUCGUUGCCAGUAAGAGCCUCACAGGACCCAAGGGGGCUAAAUAUUCUGGGGACAAGACUCAGUUUCUUGAAGAUAUUAGAAAGGCUCUGUACGCCUCCAAGAUCAUUUCCUACGCUCAGGGCUUCAUGCUCCUGCGGCAGGCAGCUAAAGAGUUCGGCUGGUCUCUUAAUUACGGAGGGAUCGCUCUGAUGUGGCGAGGUGGCUGCAUCAUUCGGAGCGUGUUCUUGGGGAAAAUAAAGGAAGCUUUUGACCGGAAUACAGAGCUGCAGAAUCUGCUGCUAGACAGCUUCUUCAGUAAGGCUGUACAGGAUUGUCAGGACUCAUGGAGGCGAGUUGUGAGUACAGGAGUUCAGCUAGGGAUCCCUAUGCCUUCCUUUACCACUGCACUGUCCUUCUACGAUGGUUACAGACACGCCAUGCUCCCUGCUAACCUGCUGCAGGCUCAGAGAGACUACUUUGGUGCCCACACAUAUGAGCUGCUCUCAAAUCCUGGCCAGUUCGUCCACACCAACUGGACAGGCCACGGUGGGAACGUAUCCUCUACAUCUUACAACGCCUAGACUCAGAAAUCCUGUCCAGUGAAGAGCAGAGAAACCAUUUGAGAUCAAGACCAGGGACCAUCUGACCAAGACACACUCUUCAUGCACUUCUCUUCUAAAAUACCGCCCUAUUUCAAGAUUACUGAAGGCUUUUAUGAUGCUUUGAAUUAACCUAGAGAUCUAUUUAUGAUGGAAUAUGAUGAUAUAGUUUGUACACUGUUUCAGUAGGAGACACCUUAGACAUGAGAGUGGUGUUGAUGAGACCUUGCUUACAGUAGAUCAGAGCUCAGUGUUAAACCUGCGUUACAGUUUAUUACUGCAGUGUAUUAGGCUAAAUAAAAACUUCCAUCCCUUUUUAAUGAA